UAUGACUGGUAAAAUUAUUAAAGACAUCUAAUAGAUUAAUUAGAGGAAAGAGCCUAAAGAAUUUUUGGAAAAUUAUAGUCUCUUUAAAAUAAUGUAGAAGGAGAGAAAUAAUCAAAAUUCAAAUUGAUUCUUGGUUAUUUGUAAAGUGUUGAAUUGGCUAUAGAAGAUGUUUAAUAGUAAAAGAAUUAAAAGUUUUAGGAUAUGGCAGAAAAAGUAUAACUAAUUUUAUAAAAAGUAUAGUUAUAGAGACUGAAAUCUAUUGUUGAUAGUGAAAAAGAAGCUAGAGAUUAAUUAGAUGAGAAGAUGAGAAAAGAAAUUCUUUAAGUUGAAAAGAAUUCCAAAAACCUUUUAAAUAGUUUUAGCAAAGAAAGAUUGGAAACAGAAAAAAGAGUAUUUCAAAAUCUAUCUCAAUAAAUUGAUUAAUUAUCAAUAGAAAUAUAGAAAGAAUAUCAUUAAAAAUCAGAAACUUAAAAUAGAUUAUUAGAGAUUUAAAAUGGUAAUUUUUUUAUAACUAAUGCAAAAAGAAUAAAUACCCUUAUUUUAUUAAGAUAUAGAGUAAGAAAUUAGAAUAAGAGAAGAAAUUGAGGAUAAAAUUGCAUAAUAAUUUAAUGAAUAAUUAAAUGAACUCAAAAGAAUAUUUGAUGUUUAAUAAAAAUAAAGAGAAUAAAGAGAGGAAGAAAUAAUAGCAAUUCUUAAAAAAAUUUAUUAGAAUGCCUAUGAUGUUUGUAAAAGAAAUAGAACUGAAAGAGAAAGAAAUGAAGAUUUAUUUGUUAAAUUAGUUGAAUAAGUAGUUGAAAAAAUUAAAAGAGAGAUAAUUGAUUCUGAUUUUUGA